AAAGAAAAAAAAAAUCUUGUUGUUUGCACUUCUUGUACAUAUAAUAAAAACUUCCCCCUUUCUGUGAAGGAACCCGCUUCCUGAUACAAACAGCUUUUUUUUUUAUUUUCUGUGUAUGUGUGUAUGCGUGUUUGUAUCUCUUUUUCUUCCUUCCUUUCACUUCUUCAAGAACUCUGUCAUUCACUUUUUGCACAUUACCAACUAUAACAUUAAGCAUUUCAUUGCACGCAGAAAAAGUCCGCUUUUACAUUGAAUAAGAAACAUGGACAUACUUUAUUCACGCCUUUCAACAUUGUUACAGUUAUGGACAUCGCUUGAUGUUGAUGCAUUCACCAUGAACAAAAAACUUGACACUAUCAUUAAAGCCGUCGAGGAUUUGAUUCAUAGUGAAAGAAGAGAAAAGCAAUUACUAUCUGCUAAUAUCGAGGAUUUGAUGAGUAACAUCGAGUAUGCAUCAAUGUUAUUGGGAGUUUCUCUAGAGAGCGUUUUAAACUCUGCUGUCGCCGCGACUGAACCCACAUUCAUAAUACAACAGGAACAGCAAUUACAGUUAAACUCGCUCGCAAUCACAUCCAUGUAUACUGCUUUGAAUCCGACCUAUUCUGCAGAAAAGGUACUAUUCGAAUUAAACAGAAGGUUAAUCAAGGAAAUAAAUGUGAGAACUCAACAUUUACAUGAAUGGCUUUUGGCUAUUCAAUCUCUUUGUAAAGAAUUAGAUCAGCCUUUCAAAUUCAAAUUGAUCGAAGACUAUAUUCAGAGCGAUUUGUCUUGGGCCACAGUUCAAUCUGUUAGCUGCGAAUUACGCGAUUUAUCAGAAUUGAAAGCAACUCGCAUAUCUGACUUCAACAGGAUGAUGUGUUCGAUUCAGUAUUAUUGGCAAUUGCUCGAUUAUAACAUUGAUGUGAACAAUGACAGAAAUGAUUACAAAGAUAUUGCACAGUUAUUGGAUGGUUUUUUACCCGGUUGCAAAAAUAUAACGAUACCUAUCACAAAUGAAAAAGAGGAGAUCAGCACUAUAAAUGACUAUUACAAUCAUCCUUCGAAUCCCUUCACUACUUUAACAACAGAUCUUAUUACCAUGCUUGAGCAAAAGCACGACGAAAUUAAGGCUAUCUAUACUGAAAGACAUAAAAUAUUCGUUCAAUCGACAACUAAAAUAAAGACUGUAUGGAAUGAGUUAAACUUGCCUGUACUUGAGAGACCGUCUUUACCCAAUACACUUGCAACGAAAGAUAUGAUCUAUCUACAGAAAUUGACGGAUGAACUAGAGCCGCUUAUUCGAUCUACUUUCGACACUUACAUACAAAAGUUCAAGGGUCAGUUAACAUCCUUAUGGGAUGAUUGCCUCCUAUCUGAAAUUGAGAGAACUCAGUUUAUAGCAUCCCUUUAUCAACGAAGUAAGUUACGGAUCCGCACACAUGACUCCAAAGCAGAAAUAGAACAAUUGGUUAAUACACACAUAGCAUAUCUAAACAAAAUCCACAUCGAAGGCAAGCAGGUACAAAGAUUGAUGCAAGAACGCAAAGACCUUAUUCGAAAAAUGAUUGAUUUUGAAAAAACUGCUUCAGAUCCUCGCCGAUUAUUUCAAGCCUCCUUUCAAUUAUUGGAAGAGGAACGAUGGCGUAAUACUUGCUUACCUCGUCUCCUUCAUUUAGACGAAAAAUUAAUUCAAGCUAUUUUGGAGUAUGAAAAGUUGGCUGGCAAACCUAUUCUGUGCGCUGGUAGUAAUCAAAGAUAUUUGAAUACUUUGCUAGAUGAAAUUGCUGACAGGGAAGCCAAUCAAACAUUUUUUGGCUUUUUGAAUUCUGACCCUAUACCACAAGCACAACAUCAAGCAACAGUACAAGUUACACACAAACGUGGCAACAGCAAUAACAACAAAGGAAACAGUGCUGGUAAAGCAAGACCUGCAUCUGUAAGUAGCUUAAAUACUGUCGUGCAACAGCAAUUAUCACCACAUGCUGCAUUAUUAAAAAGCAGAGCUAAAUCUGCAAUUCUACAAUCAUCUUCGUCAACAACUGUCGCAGCAUCAUUGCACCCUUCUCAUUCUGUACCAUUAAACCACCAACAGAAUACUAAAAGGAGAUUGGGCUUGGCUCAAAAGAGGCAGCUAACAUUAACUCCACCUCAACCUCACCGACAGUCGACAACAACGUUCAUAACAAAGAAAGAACAGCGAACCACGAUAACCAAUAAAAAGAUAAAGACGGCUACACCAGCCUCUUCAACAACUAAAAGGACAUCUGAAGAAGAAGAGUAUAUCCGUCAUUCAAGAUUCGGUCUAACGCAAGCGACAACUGCUUCUAACAAACGAUAUGGUUAUCAAUAUCAUCCUUCUCUGUCUUCUGCUACGAGCAAAUCAGUUGCUACUGCGGCAACAACGACAGCUUCCCUUAUACCCGUUGCUGUUCCAAGAGUUCAAUUAACUACUGCCAAAUCAAUCUAAAUAUUUCUAUUCCUUUCUGUAUACCAAUUGCU